CUGGCACCGAGAGGCUUGGAUUAAACGCGGCGCGGGGCUGACAAGGUUGGGGUCGCGCUCUAACUCUCCAGGUGCUCCCUGCGGGGAUCCGGUGGCCCGGAGUCCCGCUCCACCGCGCACCCCGCCCCACCCAGCGCUGUGCCCGCAGCCUCGGGGGCUGCCGGGCUUUGUGGUUCGCAGUGAGGCUGGGCCCCUGCUGGGGGUGUCGUUACGAGCAUGUGCAGACAGCAGCCCAAGCCUUCAGGAUAAUUCCUUCAGCAGCUCCGCUGUAACAGAGUGUGAGGAAGACGCAGUCUCUCUUCAUGAAGACCAGACUGAUUGCUCCAGUCUCAGAGAUGAAGACAAUAAAGAAAAUUACCCCGACGCCGGGGCUCUCCUAGAGGAGCCUGCGCCCUCCCGGGAGCCACAGCAUGUAGAGCAGACCGUGCUGGUGGACGGUGUGCUGCGACCCAGCAUGGGCAACUUCAAGUCCAGGAAGCCCAAGUCCAUCUUCAAAGCAGAGAACGGGAGGAGCCAUGGAGAAAGUCAGGAGACAGAGCAUGCAGCCCCCAGCCCAUCGGAGUGUCGGGGGAGAGCAGGAACGCCAGCUCAUGAGAGUCCACAAAACCACACAUUCAGGGGCCAAGAAACGGUGUGGCUUCAACCAAGAAUAGACCAGAGGGCUGCCAUUUUACCAAAGGAUGCUUUUGAAACUCAGCGGGACUUAAAUGAGGAAGAAGCUGUUCAGGUGCAUGGAGUCAAGGACCCAGCCCCAGCGUCCACCCAGAGUGUGCCUGCUGAAGGGGCAGAUGCUGCAGACCCUGCGUCAGUCCACAAAGAUGGGCAGAAUGGAGCAGACAGUGCACCGGAAGACCUCCAGCCUAUGGGCACCAGCCGGCUGCUCUAUCACAUCACUGAUGGUGACAACCCACUGCUGUCACCGCGAUGCUCCAUCUUCAGCCAAAGCCAGAGAUUCAACUUAGACCCUGAAUCAGCCCCUUCUCCACCCAGCACUCAGCAGUUUAUGAUGCCCCGAAGUUCUUCACGGUGCAGCUGUAGUGGUGGCAAGGAGCCCCAGACCGUUGCCCAGCUCACCAAGCACAUCCAGAGCCUCAAGAGGAAAAUUCGGAAAUUUGAAGAAAAAUUUGAACAAGAAAAGAAAUACCGGCCUUCACAUGGUGACAAGACUUCUAAUCCCGAAGUCCUGAAAUGGAUGAAUGAUUUGGCUAAAGGUCGCAAACAACUCAAAGAACUAAAAUUGAAGCUGUCGGAGGAACAAGGAGCUGCUCCCAAAGGCCCACCUAGAAACCUGUCCUGUGGGCAACCCACGGUCCCCAGAGAAGGGAGGCCAGAAGCUGUGGGCCCUGAGCCAACCUCCUCAGGAGAGGAGACUCCAGACGCCGUGUUGACUUGCUUGGAGAAGAGAGAGCAGCUUCCCUCUGAGGACGAUUCUAAGGUAACUAAGCAAGACAAGAACCUCAUAAAGCCUCUUUAUGAUCGAUGCCGGAUUAUCAAGCAAAUCUUGUCAACGCCUUCCCUGAUUCCAACAAUUCAGGAGGAAGAGGACUCUGAUGAAGACUGUACACAAAGAAGCCAACAGUUUUCUUUGCCAAAUCCAGCAUCUUACCUUCCUAGUGGUGAUCACCUCACCUACUCUGAGACUGAACCUGUAAGGGUCCUGCUACCAGAUGAAAAGAAAGAAAUCAAACCACCAGCCCUCUCCAUGUCCAAUUUACAUGAAGCCACCAUGCCUGUACUUCUUGACCAUCUCCGAGAAACUAGGGCUGACAAGAAGAGACUUCGGAAAGCCUUAAGAGAAUUUGAAGAACAAUUUUUUAAACAAACAGGAAGAAGUCCACAAAAGGAAGAUAGGAUACCCAUGGCAGAUGAGUACUAUGAAUAUAAGCACAUAAAAGCCAAACUGAGACUACUAGAGGUCCUAAUCAGCAAGCAAGAUGUGGCCAAAACUAUUUGAGGUUUAAGAAAUGUUUAUGAUCAUUUUCAUCCAAGAUAAAGUUUAUUUUCCUCUCCCAUUCUUGCUGAGUAAGUAGUCUUGACAUAACGAAAACUGAAGCACUUUAGUGGUAGUAAUAGCUAUUUUUAAGAAGGGAUGGCAAGUGUAAUUAAAAAUGAUGAAGAGAGAUUUAAGUGGGGGGAAAUACAAUGUGUAACGGUAUAAUUAGAAAAAUAAAAGUCAACUUCCUCUAUGCCAAGGAGAAAACUUGUUCAGUAUAAUAUUUUCAGAAAACAUCUAAUAUUUUAUCAAAUCUAAACACCCAUUUGUUCAGGGAAGUCUAUUUAGUGUCCAAAGACUGCUUAUGCUGAUGGAAAAAGUAUGAUUUUAUUAAAAACUCAAUAAGAGGAGGAAAAGAAACUCUUCUUUUUUGGUAGGAAGGAAUAUAGAUAGUAAGAAAGUAAUUUAUUUCAAACUUCUAAUAGAUUUUUAAGUGAUAAAAAAAAUCUACCUUGUCCCCUUUGUCUGCUUAGGCUUUUAGUACCCUAAAAUAUAAUAGAAUGUGUCACUGCUAAUUUUUUAUUUCUAUAUAAAAAUAGCACAUUAUUUUAUGUUAAUUGAAAUUUUACAUUUCUGAUUACCAAAGUUCAUUCUGAUAGCAUGUACUUUGUGAAUUAUCUUUGUCUAUAACUGACAGAUGUUUAUAUUAAAAUAAAAUAUUGUAUUAAAAUUUGAAAAUAGGUAUUUUGGAUAGGUAAGUGUCUGCAGUAUAUAGCUAAUGUGAUUAUAGCUAUGAUUGCUAAUCUUUUUGUUUACUAUUACUAAGAUUAUAUAACUAUUUUUUCAUUGGGAAUAUGCAUUUUUCUUAAUGUUCCAAGGUCUAUACUUUGUAAAGUCAAGUCAAAGAGCUUUCUUCAUUCUCUAUAAAAUGAAAGAUUUGAAAAUUGUUUGCUAUGACACCUUGGAAAAAAAGCCAGAAUAUUUUAUUUGUUUCGUCAACUUUAUAUUGUUGUGUUUUUGCUUUUGUAAAAAUAAGUAAAAAGUCGUCGUUUCCUCUUGUACCAAUCAUGUUUGUAUUUCAGUUUUCUGUAAUGUUUAAGCAUGAUGUUGAACAAAUUCACAUAGUUUGGGUGGGAAGAAUAUUGACUAUUUCAGAGUCUUAAUUGUUUUCUCUGUAUUUACCUGGUAUUUUGUAACUUUUAUGAAUCAGAAUAAUGUCCUUCAUAAUUUAAUUAAAGUCAUCUACUUGUCACAGGAUAGAUACACAACUGUUUGAGGUUUACAAACUACAUCUUUGAUAAGGGAAAUGGUUUCAUGACAUGUGUACAAUUGCUAUUAAAAUGUAACUAUAUAUUCUAUAUGAUUGUAAAUAUUUUAUACAAUACAAAUAAAAUAUUUUUCUAUUAUA